AUGAGUUCAGAUACAUUUGAUAUAACUUCUACUUAUUUAAAAUUUCUAAAAGAUGAUAAAGAUUUAACAAUGCCAAUAGCAGCAAUUGAAUCAUUAGUAACAAUGUUAAGAUUAAACAAACCAUCAACAUCAUCAGAGCUUAUAAAUUUAGUUUCAAAAAAUAUAGAAAUAUUAAAAAAUUCAAUCCCUAAUAAUAUAUCGUUAUCAGCUGGAUGUGAUUUAUUUAUGAGAUUUAUAAUAAGAAAUACAAAUAUUUAUCAUGAUUGGGAAAUUUUUUCCAAAAAUCUUAUUGAAAAUGGUGAAUUAUUUGUAAAAAGAGCUAAAAUUUCAAGAAUUAAAUCUGCAGAAUUUGGAGUAUCAUUUAUAAAAGAUGAUGAUAUUAUAUUAGUUCAUAGUUAUUCAAGAGUUGUUUUAACUUUACUUUUGAAAUCAAAAUUAGAGAAACUUACAAGAUUUAAAGUUAUAAUUACUGAAUCAAGACCUACGGGAAAUGGGUACAUAAUGGCUAAAAAAUUAAAAGAUGCAGGAAUUUCAUGUGAAGUAAUAGUUGAUAAUGCAGUGGGGUAUGUAUUACAUAAAGUUGAUAAAAUAUUAGUUGGAGCAGAAGGUGUAGCAGAAAGUGGUGGUAUAAUAAAUCAUAUAGGAACUUAUCAAAUUGGUUGUUUAGCUAAAAUUAAUAAUAAACCAUUUUAUGUUAUUACUGAAUCUCAUAAAUUUGUUAGAUUAUUUCCAUUAGCUCCAAAUGAUUUACCAAAUAUGAAUAAUUUUAUACAUCAAAAUUUAAUAAAUAAUAAUAAUGAUGAACAAAAAAUAAUUGAAAGUGCCAAUAAUAGUAAUGAUUGUGAGAAUGAAAAAGAUAAUCAAUUACUAGAUAAUCAUUUUGUUGAUUUUACACCUCAUGAAUAUAUUACUGCUUUAAUUACUGAUUUAGGAGUAUUAACUCCUUCUGCUGUUAGUGAAGAAUUAAUUAAAAUAUGGUAUGAUAUGUAA